CCCCAUUUCCAUAAAUUCAAGCCAGAGCUCAAGGGGCACCAUAGACUCUUUCCAAAGGUCACAAGAUCGGUCCCCAUUAAGCUCUGUUCAUAUAUAUAGCAGAAACCUGCAUUUUCAAAUUGAUAAUUUAGACAAAUAAAAAUGGCAAAAAAGAAGGCCGCGAUCCUCGGUGUUUCUUCCAUCCUGUUGGUGGCAAUGGUGGUGGCAGUGGCUGUCACUGCCACCCGGAAGACCGCCACGAGCAGCAACGACUCUUCUACUGGCAGCAGCAGCAGCAGCGAGAUUUCGGCGUCUGCGAAAGCCGUGAAGCAGAUUUGCCAGCCGACGGAUUACAAGGAGACGUGCGAGGAAACCCUAUCGGGGGCGGCCGGAAAUACCACUGACCCCCAGAAGCUCGUUCAGGUGGCGUUCAAUGUCACAAUCAAUCAUAUUAAUGAGGCGAUUAAAAACUCUAGCCUUCUUCAUAAGCUGGCCACGGACCCGAGAGCGCAAGAUGCUUUGGAGAAUUGCCAAGAGCUGUUGGAUUUCUCCAUUAAUGAUCUCAAGAAGUCUUUCGCAACGGUCGGCUCGUUCAACGUUUCAAAGAUGAGCGAGUACAUGUCCGACCUUAAAACCUGGCUCUCGGCCUCCAUCACCUACCAACAAACCUGCCUGGACGGGUUCGAAAACACCACCGGAGACAGCGGCGAGGAGAUGAAGAAACUCUUGCAACUCUCGGGCGAGCUAACCAGCAAUGGCCUCGCCAUCGUGACCGAGCUCUCCCAAGUCCUGUCGACGUUCCAGCUACCGGCCAACAUGCGCCGCCUCCUCUCCGAAGAAACCGAUGCAAAAACCGUUGUGGACGCCGACGGGGUUCCCUCGUGGGUGGGCGACGCAGGGCGGAGGCUCCUCUCGGCCACUCCCGCGACAGUGACGCCGAAUGUCGUGGUGGCUCAAGAUGGGUCCGGGAAGUACAAGACCAUCAAUGCUGCUCUGGCUGACGUGCCUAAGAACGGCAACUCAACUUUUGUGAUUUACGUCAAGGCUGGUGUUUAUGCCGAGAAUGUAAAUAUCACCAGGAGCAUGGACAAUGUUUUCUUGAUUGGAGAUGGCCCCACCAAGACCAAGAUCACUGGAAGCAGGAGCUACAUCGGAGGCUACAAUACAUAUAAAACUGCAACAGUGUGCGCUGAUGGAGAGCGUUUCAUGGCUAAGGACAUCGGGAUCGAGAACAGCGCAGGAGCAGAGAAACAUCAGGCCGUCGCGCUCCGCGUGUCAUCGGAUCGCGCCAUCCUGUACAACUGCCAACUCGACGGCUACCAGGACACCCUGUACGCCCACGCCCACAGGCAGUUCUACCGCGACUGCACCAUCUCCGGCACCGUCGACUUCAUCUUUGGGGACGCCGCGGUGGUUUUCCAAAACUGCAAGUUGGUGAUCAACAAGCCGCUGGAGAACCAAAGUUGCAUGGUCACGGCCCAGGGAAGGACCGAUAAGCGCGGGGUCACGGGAAUCGUCCUCCAGAACUGCACAAUCACGGCAUCGCCCGAGUACCAGGCCGUCCAGGCAGAGUUCAAGUCGUACCUGGGACGGCCCUGGAAGAACUUCUCGAGGACAAUAGUCAUGCAGUCGGAUAUCGAAGGCAUAAUCGACCCGACGGGGUGGGCACCGUGGAUCGGGACGAUCAACCUUGACACACUUUGGUACGCAGAGUACAGCAACAGGGGUGCUGGUGCGAAAAAGACUGGUAGGGUUAAAUGGGCAGGUAUCCAGAAGAAGAUCACUGCAGAUGUUGCUGUGACUUUCACUCCUAGCAAGUUCAUCGACGGAAAUACCUGGAUUCCGGCCACCGGAGUCCCGUAUGUUCCCGACAUGAUAAAAGUCUGAUAGAUUUUUGGUUUUUCUUCUCAUUUUUGUUUGACAUGGUGAAAUUACAAGAUCAUUGGCAACUGAUCAAAAUCCAAGUUGUCAUGUUUUUUUCUGUUGUGUCAAUACAUAUCAUAAUAUUGUGAUGUAAAAGAAUUGACAUAUAAAUCAAAAUAGUAAAUUUGGCUAAUAUUCUAUUCAA